UUUACUCUUUGUCACCAGCAGAAAAUGUUUUCCAUUUUCCAAACUUCACUUUUUAUUCUUUUUAAGCCCAUUAUCCAUUUUAUAAUUUCAUUACUGACUACAGCUAUUUAUUACAAUUAAGAACAAUUUUUUGCUCUGUUAUGUGACUUUUGAACCCAUACGGUAGCCACAUGAUUCAUGAAUUAUAAAAUUAAGUAGGAAGUUAUCUAAAAUGGACAAUCCCAAUACUGGGACUAGUUCGCCAGGGCUGAUAGCUCCACCUCUUCUACCACCUUCAAUGCUUGGUGGCAUACCGCCGCCCAUGCCGCCGAACGUGGGCACUGUAGCGAUGCCGCCAGUGCCGGGGAUGCCGCCAAAUAUUGGGCCUUUGCCACCCGCGAUGGCGUUCCCACCAAUGAUGACCCCGUUUUCUAUGCCACCACCUGGAUUUCCACCUUUUAAACCGGAACUAAGCGCACCUGCCCCAGAAAUAUCACCUAUGGCAAAUCAAAGUUGCCCUUGGUCAGAGCACAAAGCCCCUGAUGGUCGCAUAUACUAUUACAACUCCAUCACAAAACAAAGUUUGUGGGAAAAGCCAGAUGAUUUAAAAACUUCAGCAGAGAAAAUGCUGUCCUCUUGUGUUUGGAAAGAAUAUACCACAGAUGCAGGUCGAGUGUACUAUCACAACAUUGAGACAAAGGAGUCCAGCUGGGUCAUUCCUAAGGAACUUCAAGAGAUUAAGGAUAAAAUAGCAGCUGAAGAAGCAGCACAAGCAAUAAUGAAUGCAGAUGUGCCGCCAGGGGAAGUGCCCCUGCCGUCCUCUCCGGCUAUGGCAUCAUCAGGCAGUUCCGCAUUGGAUGAAGCCAUGGCCAAAACUCUUGCAUCCAUCGAUCCAUCUCUUGCUAAUGCUAUACCAAUACCAGAAGAAAUUAAACCAGAAGAGAUAGAGGCGCCACCGCAGCCCACUGGCUCUGAAGCCAACGAGCCGGAACUGCAGUACAAAGACAAGAAAGAAGCCAUCGAAGCAUUCAAAGAACUCCUAAAGGAUAGGAAUGUUCCUUCGAAUGCCACCUGGGAGCAAUGUGUGAAGAUAAUAUCUAAAGACCCUCGCUAUGCAACAUUCAAGAAACUCAAUGAGAAGAAACAGGCGUUCAAUGGUUACAAGACGCAGAAGCUGAAAGAUGAAAGAGAAGAGCAAAGGCUGAAAACUAAAAAGAAUAGAGAAAAUUUGGAAGAAUUUCUACUGAGCUGCGACCGUGUGACAUCACUCACUAAAUAUUAUAAGUGCGAGGAGAUGUUUAAUAAUCUUGAGAUUUGGCGGUGUGUACCUGAUUCCGAUAGACGGGACAUAUACGAGGACUGUAUAUUUACAAUCGCUAAACGCGAAAAAGAGGAGGCGAAGGCUUUAAAGAAACGUAACAUGAAAAUAUUAGCACAAGUUUUAGAAAACAUGACUGAAAUAACAUACAGUAGCACCUGGAGUGAGGCCCAAGUAUUGCUGCUGGAGAAUGCGGCUUUUAAGAAUGAUGUCAGUUUAUUGGGCAUGGACAAAGAAGAUGCUCUAAUAGUAUUUGAACAGCAUAUCAGAAACUUGGAGUCCGAAUAUCUGCAAGAACGAGAACAGAUCAAAAAGAGAAACAAACGUCAACAACGAAAAAAUAGAGACAACUUCUUGGCGUUGCUUGACGGCCUGCACGAGGAGGGCAAGCUCACAUCCAUGUCGUUGUGGGUGGAGCUGUACCCCGUUAUUUCCGCAGACAUGCGAUUUUCCGCUAUGUUGGGUCAAAGUGGAUCCACACCAUUAGAUUUAUUUAAAUUCUACGUGGAAAAUCUCAAAGCGCGGUUCCACGACGAGAAAAAAGUGAUAAAGGAAAUACUGAGGGAGAAGGAGUUUGAAGUGAAACCGGACACUACCUUUGAGGAGUUCGCGACCGUGGUAUGCGAGGACAGCAAGUCCGCCUCGCUGGACGCUGGCAACGUCAAGCUCACCUACAACUCCUUGUUGGAGAAGGCGGAAACCAAGAACAAGGAGAAGUUAAAGGAGGAGUCGAAAGCUCAAAAGAAGAUCGAGAGCGCUUUCAAGUGGGCCUUGAGCGACGCCAACAUCGAGCACCACCUGCCGUGGAGCGAAGUGCGCGACAAGCUCGACCUCUCCGCGCCCGAGUUCGCGGCCGUGACCAGCGAGGAGGAGCGCGCGCGGCUGUACAAGGACUUCCAAUAUGAACAAGAAGAGAGUUGCAUGCACUACCAUCAUCCAAAACCGAAGAAAUCCAAGAGGUCGAAGAAAAAGAAGCAACGCUCGCGCUCUAUCUCACAGUCGCGGUCGCGGUCGCGGUCGGCGUCGCCGCGCGUGUCGGCGCCGCGGUCGCCGCGCUCGUCGCCGCGUGCGUCGCCGCCGCGUGCGUCGCCGCCGCGCGCGUCGCCGUCGCGCUCGUCGGGCAGCGCGUCGGGCGAAGACGAGGAGGCGCGCAAGCACAAAAAACCCAAGAAGAAGCACCGCAAACAUUCGCCGCCGCCGAAGUCUCCGAGUCCGGAGGAGGGCGGCAUAUCGGACGACGAGCCGGCCAAGACGCGGCGUAAGGCCAAGCGCAGCGCGCCCAGCUCGCCCGAGCCGCCGCCCGAGCUCGCCCACAAGCCUAAGAAGAAGAAGGACAAGAAAGACAAGAAGGACAGGUCUACGGGCUCGGUGGCGUGGAGCGACGCGGAGCUGGAGUUGCGGCGCGCGGCGCUGCUGGCGCAGCUGAACGCGCACGAGGCCGACUGACGCCGCGUCACGCACGUGCGCAUCUACAACCGCUACCCGCCGCGCGCGCCGCCCGCGCCCAUCCUGCCGCUCAUAUCGCCCAUGCCGGACACCGACACCGACAGCUCCAACUUGUGAAGCGUCUCCACACAGUGCGCUCCCACACUCCACCUCGUAGAUAGCUUCCAUUUGAAAAUAGAAAGAUACAUCUGGACACCGCCGCGGCCGACACCCGGCACCACGAACUCACCUAUCCGCAGGCCGCCCCUUUAACCGCGGCACUUCCCUUUGCGAACCACGGUAAAUUCUAUUAUUUUCGGUAAUAGGUAAUAACACAGCAUAAAAUACAUACAGUGAGAUGUUUUGAUCUGCCGGCCGGUAUAAUUCCUCCCCCGUCUGUGUGCCGCAAGAUUGCUCUGUCUAGACGUCUUCGUCAAAGUAUCUCACGAUUACAGUAACAGCUUGGAGUACCUUAGUUGAAGCUUAAACUAAACAUGUCUGCUAUUUUGUUUGAUGUCGGUUCAUCAUUCAUCACACAAAGUUGUCAACCGAUAGACAUCCACUACCGGCCAUAGGUAUCUUGUAAACUACAGGGACUACCACACGCGGCUUGUUUAUUGUCUGCCUAUCUAGCGGAGGGGUCUGCGAAACCUACGCUUUCGCCUCUGUAAAAAUAAUCAAGUAAAUGAUUCUGAAAUUGGUCUCUCUACCUAUUAGUGGAAAGUAUUCUUAUGUAUAUAAGAAGAAAAGGUUUAAUUUAAUAUUAAAUUAGUUUCACAACGUUAAUUGAGGCGGACAACACAACGCGCGUGAGUAUCAAGUAAGACUAAAGGUAUAUUCAAACUAAAAAUGGUUCCUCAUUCUAUGUAUCAUUUGUUUGCAUUUUUAUUCUAUAAGUAGGUGUGUUUUAACUAUAUUAUUAUAGUUUACAUUUUGAUUCCGCAGUCCGCAGAUGUAGUUUAAUUUCUAAGGUGUUUCAGUGUUAAGUAGGUAUCAGGUUUUAAUAUAUAUUUUGUUCUUUAUUAAACAAAACCCAGUACUGCAUUCUCUAUAGUAGUGUGAUAUUGUUUAACAAAUGCAGGUGCAGUAGCGAUUUUCUACAAUAAGUAUUUGCAAGAGCACAGUUUAAUAUAUACCCAUUAAAUGUGUUUCAUCCAAUAUUAUACCUUAGAGAUGAUUAAAAUAUUCGUCUCUGUA